AUGGAUGACGACGCAAACGAUCGAUCGACGCGCCUGACCGCGGACGCGAUCGCGCGCGCGUUCGUGCGCGGUGACGACGUGCGCGCGAUCGCGGCGGCGGCGGCGGACGCGGACGGGACGACGGACGUGGACGCGGACGCGCUGCGACGGGCGCACGAGCGAUCGAAGGCGCGGGCGCAGACGAUGGAGGGGUUUGAUUUUAACGCCGGGUUCGAUCCGGCGUCGGCAACGUUUUCGUUCCUGCGUGGACGGGCGGAUGGGGCGGCGGCGGGCGGCGAGACGAGACGCGACGCGAACGAGAGCGACGCGCGGGAGAAGCGGUCGGGGGAGGACGGGACGAUGGAUGGAGGAAAGGAGAGGAAGCGAAGGCGAGUCGAAGACGCGUCGACGCGGGAGAAGAGACGAGAGCGGGUGAGUGGACGAUGGAAGGGUCGACCUGCGGCGGCGCGGACGAGCGCGGCGAGCGUCAUGGGCGUGGACGCGGCGUCUGGGAUCGACGAGUUGGCGCGCUCUUGGGUUGCGACCGAGGAGAAAGAGAUGCUUGAGAAGUGGCGAGAAGAUGUCGAGGGUUGGCGGGACGAUUAUAAGCGGAAACGUCGCGCCGCGCUGCGCCUGCGCAAGGGCACGGGGGCGACGAUACUGGCGUGA